GGACUGCCAAGACCUACCUUGAGAUGGCGUUGCUUACAUCGUUCGCAGGCGCGGUUCGACGGUACGCCAGGCAUGGUACGGACGUGCUCUCUAGACAGGACAGGAGAUCGAAGAUGCUUGCAGCCAGACCAGACGUACGCAGGGGGGUUGGGCAAAGCACCGCCUCGUCGAGGGCGUCGAGGGCAUCGCACAAUGGCGUGCGUUGGGACCCACCGGCGACGACGGCGAGAAAUGGCGCCGAUCAGAGCGUCGAUCCUCCGGCCAGCUCCAGCGACACGAAGAUGGCGCUGCAGACUACGGGUGCUUGGGCGGCAUCGCAAGAGGCAUGAUAUAGUCAUGAGCGGAAUUGCUGCAUCAUGCCCAUUUGCCUUCUGCCCGAGAUGGACUCGCUGA